UUUUUUUAAAAGCGCAAGACCGCUCUGUAAAGGGAGCACGGCAAAUCAGAGCGCACAGGUUUGCAGCGACAGACUCGACCCAGAGGAAACACAGCGCGGAGUUCAACGCCGCAGCUUCUAGCGCAGGAACUGAACAACGACUCGUAUUAUAGCGUGGCGUUUGAGAAAACAAAACAGUGAGGCUGACAUAUCAAGAAAACACACGUUUGAAAAGGAGCCAGAGGACUACACGACAAAACUAUCAAUAUUAAACACACCAGGAGGGCUUUUCCUGUUCUGAAGUGACGCGAUGCAGCGCUCCACCGUCCUGCUUAUCCUGAUGGUAAUCGCCCUAUACUCCAUCAGUGUGGAAGCCUACAAAUGCAAAUGCACAAGAAAGGGGCCCAAGAUCCGGUACAAGGACGUGCAGAAGCUGGAGAUCAAACCGAAGCACCCCUACUGCCAUGAGAAGAUGAUCUUCGUCACUAUGGAGAACGUGUCCCGCUUCAAGGGCCAGGAGUACUGUCUGCACCCCAGACUGCAGAGCACCAAGAACCUGGUGAAAUGGUACACGAUCUGGAAGGACAAGCACAGGGUUUACGAAUCCUAAAUCGGUACAAGAUGGACCAGCAAACCUCCCCCCCCCCCCCCCCCCAAUUGCCCCUGAAAACAAGACUGUUUUAAAAGCACAAACAAGAAAAUCAGAAACUUCAGACUUUAAUGCAAAUAUUACUUGUGGAAUUGUAGACGAUGGCAGAGCAAUUGUAUUUAUUUUUGUAACUUUCGAUUUCACCCCUGGAGGAUGGCCAGAGUGAGAAUGUAAGGGAGACGGUGUAUGGCAGGUGCUUCCUAGCGGAUUGCUCUAGUGGAGACCGCUCAGCUGUAUCUGUGUUUGCUUUGCAGAUGUGUCUCUGUGGGACAGAUCGUACCACCCUCAGGCUUUGGCUUCAGGGCAAUCGAACCCACCGUCAGUCAAUCGUUUACGAUUCUGGGUUUAAGAGCGUUUUGGGUGUGUUCUAUAAACAUGCCCAGAGAAACAUCUGACCAGUAGCAUGUUCGCACUGCAUGAUUGAGAUGACCCUGUUAAGGCAGGUCCACACCGGAGCCAUCAGUUGCACAACCCAAUUGCUCCCGAAAUUGCGCAGCUCAGUUGCAAGCAAUUGCUGUGUCCGCAUCUGAGCAAUUACUUGUGCAACAAGGUUCCCGCAUCUACAAGUUUCAUUGUUUUAUGGUAACUGAGGUGAGAGGUGUUUUUUUUUUUAUUAUUCCAUCUACAAGGUGAAGUAGUUUGGGUUUUUUAAGGUUUUGACAACUGAAUUGACACGUUUUUGUUGGUUUUUUUGUUCCGCGUCUGUACGUUUAGAAUUGUAUUUAUUUUAUUUAUUUUUUGACAGCUGAGGUGACACUUUUUUUGGUCAGGUCAUAUGUGUCCAGUAUUUUUUUUUAACUGUUAUUUUAAAUGCCAUAUUCCCUAAAGAAAAAACAAAGCCCUGUAAAAGCUGGACGAAACCGUUUCAUUUUACCGCCGAUGUUUUUAAAAUGAGAGCUUCUUUAUGACAGGAUGUGCAAGCCGUGCAGUCAGCAUUAUAAGAACCAAUCAGAGUCUGUGAAUUGCCACGUGAUCGCCUGUGUCUACAGAUGCCGCUCCGGAGGUUGCUUGGAAAGUAGAGCCCGGCUCUACUUCAAGCAACUGGUUGUGCAACUGCUCGCAACUGGUUGCAGGGACGUCCAAAUAUAAACAACGUGGUUGCAUGGACGUCCACAUAUAAACGACGUGGUUGGAUGCGACUAAGUUGCGCAGCUGAUCGCUGAGGUGUGGACCCAGCUUUAGAUAAGUCCUGCUCAGAGUAACACUGUGCUUCGUCCUGGGGAUGGGCAACAGCUGAUUUGCAGACAAUCCCAUUCCAUCAGACACUAUACAGUGUAAUGCUUUACCCACGGAGGUGCGAAACUGGCUUCACUAGAGGGUAUAACAGCAGUUUUGUUUUCAUGGUGUUUAAUUCCACUGCAAAGUAAACGCUCUUUCCUGGAACUUUUACCUUGUUUGUUUUUAACCCUGUUUGAUUUGCUUUGCAUUGGACACUGUUUGUGUCUCAACCUGAAUGUACAGCCUAAUACUGUGCAUUCCACUUUGUUAUAUAUAUGCAUACAUAAAUUGCUUGUAAAUAGAAUGAAUACUAUAUCGAAACAUACAUUUAUUACCUCUUAAGUAAUGCAUUGUAUUGCUAAAUUAUUGUUUUGCUAUUUAAAUUUGACAAUGUUGUUUGUUUGUUUUUGUGCACAGUAUAUAACCUGGCACGUCUUUUUAAAGUGGUCAGGAGUGUAUGUAAUAUAAUCUAAUGGAGCUCCCUGGCAAUAAGAGAGUUUGAACCUUACA